AUGCGGCCAUGCGCCUUACUGUGUUGCGGAGUCGGUUCCCACUACGUGCCCGCGAAUGAAGAAGAGCGACGUAUGCUUUCGCCAACAGGAGUUGUGUCAGAUGCUGGAAUGGUAGAGGAUGUUGCUAGGAGGACCACGAGUUCUCCUGAUCGAAGCUCAGCGUUCACUGCAACAACCAUCGCCAGUCCGCAGCGCUGCCAGGUAGAUGGCGAGGGUCGACACACGUGUUUGCAUCCCAAUGUCUGUCUAGUGCCAGGACGAGAGCUCUUUUUCAUGAUGGAUGGUUUGGCAAUGACAACCGCAAGAACUACGACUGCAUUGGAUGAACAAAAAGUAUCAUCUUCAAGUUCCAAGAGUGGUGGUGCUGAAUUAGUAGUCGACCCUUCAGGAUCAAGAAAGACUGAAGCAGAACCAUCCGAAACCCUGUCCACCUCACUCGAGAGUGAGCCCUUGUUUGGCUGUCCUUCUUUUUCGUAUGGACAGCCGUCAGCCUUGCACUUGUGGCACCAGAUGUUCCCUUUUGAUUUUCCUUGUGGAUUCACGUGGCCGAAUUCGUGGAGAGAAUACUCAAGAUCUUAUGUUAAGACUUCCGUUGAGAUUGGGUAAUCCAUCUAAUUCAUUGAUUUUGUAGUAAAUUGUAAUUGAAUGAUCAUCUUUCUACCUUCCAAAGUGGUAAGAGAAAUCCAAACCCGAAAUCUAUCUUCCAAAAGAAAAAGCAUUUUAUUGGAGCAGCUGUGCCAAAACUAAUAGGACAAGCAGCACCACCAAGAUGUUCAUCUUGCUCAAGAUGACUCGACUCUGUUAGUACAAAAAGUGGUAGAACUUCUAAAUACUGGCUCCGAAUUCCUGAGAAAAUCACGGCAGAUGGGAACCAUAUUCGAGCUUUUCGGGGAAAGUCGUUGAUUGUGGGCUUACCGGACACUGGUGAUUAAGGCCGAAGACUUUCUCGACGUAAACAUUGAUGACACUAAGUAACGCACGGGACGUAAGUAUUCGUUAGACCAAGUCAUCUCAUUUAGUAUGUUUCUCUCCUACUUGUUUAGUCUUGCUCCUCCUCGUUUCUAUCUCUCAGUCUUAUCGGACACUUAUCUCACGCGUACCACGUUAUUAGACCAAGUCAAAACGUGGCGAUAUAGAAAGGCUUCCGGGAGGACAUUGGAGAAUUAUAUAUAGAAACAAGCUUUUCCAUACAUAGAAUCCAUGACAAUCAGGGCCGAUGUGAUAAAGUACAAGCGCUUUUAGUCUCCUGUGGUUAUUUUUGACCAUUUCCAUUGCUCUAAUCCCAACCACCAACAAUCUGGCACUUUAUUCAGCAUCUUUUUGGGAUAGUGGGCGCAAAAGCGUUGUACAAGGUGUCGAAAUGGACCUCUGUGCUGGUUUCAGAUCCAGCUGGAUGGCUCAGUCGGCCUCAUUCCCAGUUAUGCAGGUACUUCCGUUAAGAAGAAGAUAGCGUUAGUAAGAGAUUCUCAAUCCAUUCUCCAUCUUCGAACUGAUGGUAGGACAACGUUUAGAUACGACUUCUAAGCCCUCCGCCUCUUCGAACUGAUGGUAGGACAACGUUUAGCGACUGACUUACCUCAUUUCCGCUACAUCGGACCUUCGGCGCAGUUGAGCGAGCACACAGUUGCCGGAGUCGGACUGCGGUUGAGAACGGAAGAGGAAGAGCAAGACCAGAUGAAUCACGUGACACCACACUCGACCACGGAUGAUAGCGCUAAUACUAAGAAUGCCGGCCACGACAAUUCCGCUGAAACCAUGUCAAGGGAUGACGAGUUGCUGAGAAUGUUUCAACAUGGAAACAGUGGCAAAACCACAUCAAAAGCGCUCAUUUUAUGAAGAAAAGAAUGUGCUCAUGUUGACAAUGUACUUGUUUAAUAGCAUUUCGGGUGAUGAAUAUUGCUAUUGUUAGGAGUGAAUAUGGUCACACAAGUACUGUACUGUUAGGUCCCUAGAGGCACCUACUCUAAGACCAGCACAGGGUAAAACGAAUUGUUUUGAAGAAGCGGUUUACACUGGGUGGACACCUACGGGAGUAUCUGGUACAAGGGAAAUGCACUUUUUUCGGGAUCAUAUGAAGCGGCUGUACCCCCAUAUCAAGCAAAGACGAUAUCAUGUCCUAUACCUCUCCAGAAACCCGGAAACCGUUGCGAGAGUAAAGGAACGAUAUCGAAAAAAGGCCGCUGGAAGCAGAGCUGGGCGACAGCAUAGGAGAGAGUUAAGGCAUCAUCCCAGGAACGCAUUUUUUCAUCACGGCCUUAAUCAUCUCUAUUCAAUUGUAAUACAUCUGGGGAAUCAUAACUAUACAUCUGGGGAAUAAUUGUAAUACAUCUGGGGUGGAAUCAUAACUAUACAUCUGGGGAAUCAUAACUCUGGAUCAUUUUUAUUCAAUUGUAACUGAGUCCUCGCUGUCGCUCUAAGAUGACCUUGUUCGCCUGCUCGGGAAAGAAACAUUGGAGCGACGGAGCGCACAGAACGAGUCCGUGGGACAGAAGCUGAUGAAGUGAACCUGAGUGCAGACUUAGCCUUACCAAGCUACAUUGUACGCGACUCUUUGUACAAGGACCGGAGUUUUAUUCCUCUGAAUACAGGUGAACAAGAGGAGUCGAAGGGCGUAGUAGAGGAUCUUCACGAACGUGACGUUGGUGAAGGAAGAACAAGAAACUGCGACCCUCAAGAACAAGAUCGUCAAGAAGAGAACACACUACACUCUCAGGAGCAACGAAAGGAAGCGACGACAGUGGAGACAGAAGCAACAAAGCCAAGCUCCAUUCUCAGGAGCAACGACAAUGAUGACAAUGACUCCUUUGAUAGAAAGCAACGUGCAGCAUCGGGUAUAUUGUUCAAUUUGGGCAGAACCUUGCUGAACGAGGAAGCCUUCGUGAGUGCGGUGCAGAGUCGAAUCUUUCGGUUUUUUCGCGAAGCAAGAUUCGUUAGCAACGCUUCGCCUUAUUUUUAAGGCAUGUUCUUGGUCACUGAGUUUGUUGUGCCGUUGUAUGUAGUUCUUGGUCCUAGUAAAAAGAAGUAGGAAAAAGUUUUUUUUAGGAAAUUUCAAAUGUUGUUGAACGACCUCUAGUCCCCGUGACAUGGUGUUGCCCGUCCUCUAGACUUUGCGGGGUCGGUUUCAUACGCUACGUAGAAAAGGAACCUUGUAAGUAAAAUCUUCCUCGCUAACAUCCACGUGUCCACACAGGUGCCGAACCCUUCGAGACGCAGAUGAAAUUGUUUGCGGAAGCUGCGCUUGUUAUAGGGACGUUUGCAAGUGGAUUAUCGAAUUUACUAUUCCUACCACCUGGCGCACACUUGCUAAUACUGAACUUACCAGGGCACAUGCAAAGUCAGCAAUUCUUAGCCACGAAUGCAGGCUUAUCACAUCACAAUUAAGGCUCUUCAGAUAAAUUAGGACUCGACUUAACGAGGAUAAGUUCUCGUUUACUAGUUCCAAAAGCUCUAAGACAAUUUCUUUCUCGACAUUGACGAUGGAAUCGAGUGUGAAGAUGGAGGCAAUCCCGAUUUCGAUCUGCCUCAUCUACGUUCUCCUUCAGACCACAUCAAGUUUAAUGUCGGGAUACCACCAUGGCGGUCCGAUUUUCCUCUGCGGAACCUGUCAGGUGGGCACUUCGCCAGCAUCAAGGGUCCGGCGGCGCACUUGCAGUGGAGAUGCAGUUAUCGGGUCAAUAUUCGGCGCUUUUAUGAGGAAGUGAGAUGUUCAUUAUCCUUAUCGAUCCUGUAAUGAUGUAGAGUAUCGAUCCUGUAAUGAUGUAGAAUAUCUAAGACACUAAAUACAACUUAUUCUUCGUUUUUGAGAAAGCGCCACUACAUCAAUGAAGAUGCUUUUCUAUUUCAUAGUAGGAAAAUCAAGAUGAAGUACAACCACAACCCACCUGCUCUAAAACUUCCUUCCCGAAUUCGAGCGGUACUUUGGUGAGGCGUUUUCUUUCGUAAAACGUCGAAGAGUACUGGCAAGCGAGAAUCUUGAAUCAUACUUGCUGGACAACCAUAACAGCUCAAGAGCUACGGUGUCAGGGCCAAGAAGUGAUGAGGAUGAGGAGCGCAAGAAAUUUGAGCUGGCAGCUGCUUUUGUUAUGUUCUUGGGUGUUGUAGUUUACAGGAUUUCUGUUGUCUUUAUAGGGCUGCAAUCCUGAGCAAGAGUCUGACUCUAACUUUCAUUACAUCAUUCAAUCAAUCACAAGCUAGAACAUCUUCAUUGGAAUUUACCUCGUAAGUAGAAAUGAAGAUGGAAUAAGUAUUCAACUCAUGCACUAUAUACAACACAGAUGAAAUCGUUCGUUCUUUCCCUUUUCAUACUUCUGCGGGAACGAAAGAUGCCACUGGACCGAACGGCUCAUGAGUUGCGGGUAGAGACUGUGAAACACCUCCAGGAACGCGUUGAAGCCCGAUUCGACGCUGCGAACUACAUAAUGCCGACUUCCAGUAGUUCUUGAUAUGUUGGCUUUAUUGCUGGUACACGUAGUUGCUGGAUUUUUGGACUCCCCCUCACAUCAUCUAACUGGCGGCCUCAUGCAUGCUGAUCCUCGACCCCUCUAUCUGAGUGGUCUUUGUUCUUUCUACUGUUGCAAACAUGUUGCUACAGUGAGUGACUGUUCUUAUUGAAACAAGUGGAAUCCGUCUUCUUUUGCAUGACAUCUAACGAUUAUUCUUGAACUGGAUUUACUCUGCCG